CUUCCCUCCCCACAACUCAGCUCAUCCCUGGGCCCUCCCCAUUCCUCUAUCACUUGCCCCACAAAUGCCCAGGGAGUGCCGGGAGGCUUAUUGCUGGAGGUGGAGGGAGCUGUAGCUGAAGAAUCUCCACGUAGAAGGAGCAACCUUCUCAUCGAGCUCCAAGAAUCCAUCCUGUCAUGGUCCCUGGAUGCUGCUGUUGCUGAGAAUUCCUGCUGCUUCACCAGAAUUUUGCAGAGGCAGUUCAAGAAAAAUAGAACUUAUCUAUACUGAGGGUUUCUCCACUUCUGUCAGUCCUGGGCCAUGCUAAAUCUGGGCCCCUGUUUGGAGCAAGUGGAAGCCGGCUGAUUGGUGACCUGUCUUUCUUAUCCAUGACAGAAAAGUUACCAACUCCAGAAAUUCCCAAUUCUCUUCGUACUUAGAACUUCAGCCAUAGAAACUCCUCCACAAAAGACGGAAAAGCGGUGUGUUUCCAGGCUACAUGUGAAUAAGGAUGUCUUGGAAAAGAACUUACUUUUCAGGGGGUCGUGGUAGUGUUCAAGGGAUGUUUACACCACGGAGCUCAACCUCCAUAGCCCCUAGCAAAGGCCUCAGCAACCAGCCGGGGCAGAAUAGUUGCUUCCUGAACAGUGCCCUGCAGGUUCUUUGGCACUUGGACAUCUUCCGCCGUAGCUUCCGGCAGCUCACUACGCACAAGUGCCUGGGGGAUUCAUGCAUCUUCUGUGCUCUCAAAGGAAUCUUUAACCAGUUCCAGUGCAGCAGUGAGAAAGUACUUCCGUCUGACACUCUCCGGAGUGCCCUGGCGAAGACCUUUCAGGAUGAGCAGCGCUUCCAGCUGGGCAUCAUGGAUGACGCUGCUGAGUGCUUUGAAAAUCUCCUCAUGAGAAUUCAUUUCCACAUUGCUGAUGAGACUAAAGAGGAUAUAUGUACCACCAAGCACUGCAUUUCCCACCAGAAGUUCGCCAUGACGCUGUUUGAACAGUGUGUGUGCACCAGCUGUGGCGCCACGUCAGACCCACUGCCUUUCAUCCAGAUGGUGCACUACAUCUCUACUACAUCACUCUGCAACCAGGCCAUCUGCAUGCUGGAGAGGCGAGAGAAGCCGUCCCCCAGCAUGUUUGGGGAGCUGCUGCAGAAUGCCAGCACCAUGGGGGACCUGCGCAAUUGCCCGAGCAAUUGCGGGGAGCGGAUCCGGAUCCGGCGCGUGCUGAUGAAUGCGCCGCAGAUCAUCACCAUUGGGCUGGUAUGGGAUUCAGAGCACUCGGACCUGGCCGAGGAUGUCAUCCACAGCCUGGGCACCUGCCUGAAGUUGGGGGAUCUGUUUUUCCGAGUGACUGAUGAUCGGGCCAAGCAGUCAGAGCUGUACUUAGUGGGAAUGAUCUGCUACUAUGGCAAACAUUAUUCUACCUUCUUCUUUCAAACAAAGAUCCGCAAAUGGAUGUACUUUGAUGAUGCUCAUGUCAAGGAGAUUGGGCCCAAAUGGAAAGACGUGGUGACCAAAUGCAUCAAGGGGCAUUAUCAGCCUUUGCUGCUGCUCUAUGCCGACCCUCAGGGUACCCCAGUGUCUACACAGGACCUGCCUGCUCACGUUGAGUACCAGUCCUACAGCAGGAUGUGCUAUGACAGUGAAGAUUCAGGGAGAGAGCCCUCCAUCUCGAGUGACACCCGUACUGACUCCUCUGCAGAGAGCUGUCCCCACAGGCAGCUCCACCAUGAGUCUGUGGUCAGUCACUUCUCUUCUGAGUCUCAGGGGACAGUCAUCUCUAACGUGGAGAAUGAUUCCAUGUCUCAGAGCAGUCGGGACACAGGACACCUGACUGAUAGUGAAUGCAAUCAAAAGCUCCCAGCCAAGAAGGGGUCGCUGAUAGAACGCAAGAGGAGCUCUGGACGGGCUCGAAAGAAAGUGGAUGAGCAGCCAGCCUCGGGCUACCACAGUGAAGGAGAAACCCUGAGAGAGAAGCAGGCACCUCGGAAUGCCUGGAAACCACCCAGUGGCACCCACAGGCUGAGGGACUUGAAGGAGACAGUUAGCAACAUGCUCCACAGCCGAUCCGGCCCAGUCUCACCGUCGGUGGGGAAGGAGGACCCAACAGACCGGAAACCCAAGAACUUGCCUCUCUCCUCCCGGGACUGGGAGGCCCAGAGCACCAGCAGUGAAUCUAAGUCCAGUUCCUCCAGCAAAUACCGCCCGACAUGGCGGCCCAAGCGGGAGUCCCUGAACAUUGACAGCAUCUUCAGCAAGGACAAGCGGAGGCACAGUGGAUACACCCAGCUCAGUUCCUUUUCUGAGGAGCCAGCUAAAGAAUUGUCGCCAGAGGAGCCAAGCAAUUCACCUGCUUAUGACCUGGCACUGGACAGAACGAGCCCCCCGCUCAAGAACUGGGGCCCUGUGCGCCCCGGCCUGCACCUUUUCGAGCAGCGCCCUCGGCUCUUCCAACGCAUGGAGUCUGGCUAUGAGAGCAGCGAGAGGAACAGCGGCAGCCCCAUCAGCCUGGAUGCGACCCUGGCCCUGACUGAGGGCCCAAGUGCUGCCAGGGAUUCAGGUACUAAGAGGUUAGCUGGGUUGACCCCUUCAUGGCGCCACAUCCCAAAGUCUCACAGCAGCAGUAUCCUAGAGGGGGACCCCACUGCACCCAGGGUUGGCUGGACCAAGAGUCAACCCCUGUCAGGUGGGGACGGAACUGCCAGGAGUGAACUGGAUGAACUGCAGGAAGAAGUGGCCAGGAGGGCACAGGAACAGGAGCUCCGAAGGAAGCAGGAGAAGGAACUUGAGGCUGCCAGAGGGUUCAACCCUCAUCCCAGUCGCUUUAUGGACUUAGAUGAGCUGCAGAACCAGGGGAGGAGUGACGGCUUUGAGAGGUCCCUGCGAGAGGCAGAGUCAGUGUUGGAAGAGUCACGGCAUCUGGAGCAGAAGGGCGAGUGUGCGGCAGCUUUGGCGCUGUGUAAUGAAGCCAUCUCUAAACUAAGACUUGCCCUGCAUGGUGCCAGCUGUAGCGCGCAAGGCAGAGCCCUAGUCGAUAAGAAGUUGCAAAUGAGUAUUCGAAAAGCUCGGAGCCUGCAGGAGCACGUGCAGCAGCCCUCAGCAACCCAGCCGCCUGCGCCUGAGGCCAGCCUCCCUGCACAAUCCGGCACUCUCCCUCGCGCCUCCAGUGAACAACCUGUCCCGCUCCAAGUAUUGUUAAACCCGGAGGCCCAGUUGGAAUGCUCCACACACACAGAAUUUGGGGCCAGCUCUUUCGUCUGUCCACCUGCUUCCUAUCACGAGUCACACACCUCACUCUUGAGAGAGCCAUCCCCCCUGUCUGUCCCGCUGCAUGGCUCUCCCACCCACUCUACCUUGAGCCUUCCCCCUACGGUUGAAGUGGCUGGCAUUGACCCUGCUGCACACCACAGCCAUCGCUUCCCCCAUAUUCCUGGGAGGCUUGAACAGAACCCUCGUUCGGUGGCAGAGGACCAGUCAUGUGGCUACAGCAGCAUCUGCAGCACGUUCCCUUUUCAAGAAGGUAGAGGCAGUGUUCAAGAGCCAUUGCUCUGGGAAAAGAGGGUGCCUGCCAUUGCGCCCCAGACGAGGCUCUGCCCACACACGACUGGGCAAGCCCCAUCUGAGAGUGGAAACACUCAGGGCCUUGUCUGCCAUCCCCCGAGUCUGCCUAUUCAACCUCACUUCCCCUGGCCCAGGACCUGCCACCCCAGCCUGCCCAGUGCUUCCUCCACCCAGCUGCACUGUCCCAGUAAUGGGCAGAAAACUAACCAAUGCCUUCAGGCCCCAAAUCUCGAACCGUACAGACUGGACCGGGGCAGUGAGGAGCCAUCCAGGCCAGAGUUUCUUGGCACCAAGGGGCUUGUCCGCUCUUUGACCGAACAGUUCCAGAGGAUGCACAGUGCCUCCACCCGGUCUAGCCCUGGCCCCCAGGACAGAAGUGUGCCCGAGAGGCUGAUAAAGAGCUCCCACCCUCCUGACACCAAGCCCUCCUUCUCCCACAGCCAAGGGAGCAGCAACGGAGGCUGGCCUUGGACAAAACAGCAGCAGACCCCUUGGGUGGGUAGGGACAGCCUGUCUUCCUGGGAAAAAGUAAGGUGCCUUCCUGGUGCUCCUACAUCCUCUGGGCUGCCCAAUGGUGACAUGCCUCGAGGAGGACAGCCCAGACCAGCAGAACCAGUGCCAUGCCCUCGGAAACCGACCGCUGUGAAUGAUGUCAGCACACAGGAGCUGGGCCGGAGUCGAAAUGUGGGCACCUCCUGGCCUUUGGAUUCCUGGGUGAAUGCCACCAGACUCUGUGAUUCUCAGUUUAAACUCGAGCUCCCUGGGCCCAGCCUGAAGCCCUCUCCCCCUGAUACCCAUUCCUGUGUAGCCUACCCAGAAAGAAACCACAUCCUCUUGCAUCCACACUGGAACCAAGACACAGAGCAGGAGAUGUCCGAGUUGGAGUCUCUCUAUCAAGCCAGUCUUCAGGCUCCUCAAGCUGGCCGAAUUGGCUGGGGACGGCAGGACGUGGCUGGUGACCCACUUAGCCAAGCAGGCCCAGCAGAUGGUGUGAGGAGGAGACUGCACUCAGCGCCGGGCCUUGGUCUCUCAAAGACCCCGACAGCUGAAGUGGAGCCCCAUCUUCAGGAAGCCAGCAAAGUGCCUGCUUCUCAGGCUGCACCUUGCCAUGGCCCCAGCAGGGAGUGUGGGGCAGACGAUUCGUACUGUGCAGAAAACUUCCGUCGCAUCUCCCGCAGCCUCAGUGGCUCCAUUGUCUCAGAGAGGGAAAUGGCCUCAGUCUCUUCCCACAGUUUUGAUUCAUCAAAUGCGAGGAAAAAGCCUUUGGAAACCGGGCACCGUUGUUCCAGCUCCUCUUCCCUCCCUGUCAUUCAUGACCCUCCUGUGUGUCUCCUUGGCCCCCAAUUCUACCCACCCCAACCACAGUUCCUGCCCCCAGAUGUCUUGAGGCCCAGCAUGGCAGGGGAGCCCCAUAGAUCCCCAGGAACUUCGAGGCGUGUCCAGCAGUUUCUGGCUAUGUGUGACAGGGGUGAAGGUCCCCAAGGGGUCGAGCACACAGGAAGGACUGUGAACUACCAGAGUCUUCCACAGCGUUCCAGAGCAGAUGCUGCCCGGAGACCCUGGCCUGAAACCAACCAGCACCCCGGGGCCAGAUUCCUGAUGGCUCCGGACCGAAGGCCUCAGCUCAUCCACACAGCCACGCUGCCAGAGAGGCGCCGUGGGCUUCAGGUUCCUCCUGUGCAGUCUUGGGGGGAACUUUUCCACUCCCCCUCCAUCCCUCCUGUUGUUUAUCAUGUGUCGCCACCAUCAGGUAGUCUCCAGGUACCCCUCUGGUCAGGUUGGGAUGGAGGCCCUAGUCCUGGGCCUCAGGUUCCCAGCCCUCGGCGAGUAGAUAUGCCUCCUGAUGAUGAUUGGAGGCAGAGUAGCUACGCCCUGCAACCCAGGCACUGGGACACGGUGAGGGAAGAGUUUCUGUUUGCUCGGGCAGAUGCCCCUCAAAGAGAGCACAUCAGGGCCAACAUCUCGCCACAAAGCAGGUGGUAAGGGCCACCCCAUUCCUAUCCUGAAGCCCACCUGCUUGCUUUUUCAGGAGAGAAGUUGACCACAGAAUGGGCAGGCAUCCUGCACCCCUGCAUCCCUGACAGGGCACAGUAGUUUCUUUUCUGCAGAGAGUUGGCAACUUUUAGGUAUGCCAAAAACCACUAAUGCAACCCAGCUGGCUCUCUCAGAGAGGGAAUAUUUGAAAUUCUAAUAUCCAUGCAGCUAGCAACAGGAAACAGCUACUGCUUAGAAUUUCAUUUGAGCCUCUCUAAAGAGGAAUCUAUAUGUGUGUGUGUAUAUAUAUAUAUACAUAUACAUAUAUACAUAUAUAUUUAGUUUUUGGGUCCACACCCGGCAGUGCUCGGGUUACUCCUGGCUCUGUGCUCAGAAAUUGCUCCAGGCAGGCUCGGGGACCAUAUGAGAUGCCGGAAAUCGAUCCCAACUCUGUCCCUGGUCAGUUGUGUACAAGGCAAAUGCCCUACUGUUGUGCUAUCUCUCCGGUUCUAUAUCUAUAUAUUUUUUAACAUUAGCUAUUCCUUAGGAUUUUAGUGUAAUUAUUUCAUUACUGGAUACUUUAUACUCCAUUUGCCCCAAAUCCUUCUCUCCUUACCCCUAUUAUAUUACUAGCUCCUAUCAUAUGUGAUACCCAUCUACUUCCAUCACCAGACCUUGUCUUCCCAUUCCUUAUCCUUAGAACAUGUAGCUCUGUGUGCACAGUCCUAAUUAUAUCAUUCAGGGCUGCCCUCCUGCCCGGGAUUGUAUUCCUAAACUUUAGAAUGCAGAGCUGCCCAUAUAACAUUUGCCCUUUCACAGAGAUGGAUCAGACACUCUAACUCACCUUCCUGUUCCCAGCAGCAAACCAUCACUGCCACUUACUCAGUUGCCAUUGUAAACCCCCAGAGUCAGUUGAAAUAUUUUAGGACCAAACAUACUGUUUUUGUAAACUAUUUUUCAUUAAUAAAUCUAUAAGAUAGUUCUAUUUAA